AUGGCAGAAUCGUCAUUCAGACUGCCUAGUUUGCUGAACGUCACCGACGGGAAUGUGACAGAGAACUUCAAGAAGUGGAAGCGGGAAUUCGAAGUCUACAUGACGGCAACCGGAUCUGACAAAAAGGACGCUAAGGAAAUAAGAGACAAAGAUGUAAACAAAGUACAGCAAAGUACAGCCAGACCAAAAAAGAACACUGUGCGAAACAAAACAAGCUACCAACCACAGCCGCAAUCACAGCCGUGUGAUUACUGCGGUAAACUCCAUGCUCCGAAAAAGGAAGAAUGCCCUGCAUGGGGUGCCUUUGUGGGGGAAGUUGAAAAAGAUCUUGGUGAUCUAUGUGAAGCUAAGCUCUACGUAGAAGAAGAUGCCAAACCAGUUGUUUUGCCAGCACGAAAGAUACCAAUCGCCAUCCAAGGCCAAGUGAAACAAGAACUUGACAAGCUUGUAGAAAGAGGUAUUCUUGUUCCAGUCAAAGAGCCUACUGAAUGGGUGAACCAGAUGGCCGUGGUACGAAAAUCUUCAGGGUGCCUGCGUAUCUGCUUAGACCCCCAGCCUCUAAACAAAGUGCUGGAAAGACAGCAGUACAGACUUACCACAUUUGAUAAGGUCGUGCCAAAUCUCAACCAGGCAAAGUUGUUCACCAAAAUGGAAGUCAAAGAAGCAUUCUGGCAUGUGCGAUUAGAUGAAGAGUCGAAUGAUAUCAUCGUUGUUGGCUGCGGGGAAACAGAACAAUCAGCAAAGUCAGACAAUGACCGCAAACUGAAAUCACUUGCAAAACGAUGCUCAGAACAGAACAUUAUUCUGAAUGAAGAAAAGACAAAGUUCGGAAAAGAAGUGAUCUUUCAUGGACACAGAAUAACAGACAAAGGUGUUCUGCCCGAUGAGAACAAAGUGAAAGCAAUCCAAAACAUGCCGAAGCCGAAAAAUGUCACAGAGGUUCGACAAAUCUGCGAACUAGUGCAAUACAUGAGCAAAUUUCUACCUGAUCUUGCGUCGACCAUGGAGCCCAUUCAUCAACUAACGCGUAAAGAUGCCAAGUGGGAAUGGACAAAUGAGUGUGACGAAAGCUUAGAAAAAGUGAAAGAGCAAAUCACGAGCGCCCCAGUUUUGGCAGAUACUCGCAGUGUGCAAGAUGGAGUGAUCUUCAAAGGUGAAAAAAUAGUUAUUCCAAAAUGCCUGAGAAAAGAAAUGCUGCAAAGACUGCACAAAGCACAUCUAGGUUAUGAUAGUAUGGACAGAAGAGCCCGCGGAACGAUCUUCUGGUCGGGUAUGAGAGCAGAACUGAAAGAGUUCACGAAAAAAUGUGUACAGUGUGAGGACAGAAAACCUCCCCCUCAACAGGAAAAGUUGAAACAACAUAGUGAUGGACUAGGACCUUGGGACAAGGUCGGAUCCGACUUGUUCCAAAUACAAAACAGAUUAUAUCUCGUCGUCGUAGACUACCACUCAAGCUUCAUCGAAGUGGAUUUUCUGACAGCGGCAACCAGUCAGCAAGUGACUGACAAAAUGAAGAAACACUUUGCUAGAUUCGGAAUUCCCAGAGAACUGAUAACCGACGGUGGACCCCAGUAUAUGUCCACAGAAUUCUGUAACUUUACACAGAAGUGGGGUAUAAAGCAUCACAUCACGUCGCCCCACCACUCAGCAUCAAAUGGUAAAGCUGAGAGUGCUGUGAAAGCCAUAAAGACACUGAUCAUCAAGUGCCACGAGUCGCGUACGGACCCGAUGGAGGCGAUCCUGGAGCAACGAAAUACCCCUCGUGUCGACACAAAGAGGAGUCCAGCUGAGAUGAUGAUGAAUCGAAAGCUUCGCACCAUGGCAACACAACAGCAGCCUCUGAAUCAGAACCAACAGCAGCUUCGGAAUCCGGCCUGA